CGAAUAUGUAAAUGAAAAGCCCGUGAUGGGUGUGGCCUGGAAGAGUAAUGCAAAUGAAGGGGCGGUCCCCUGCGGUCUCCGCCUCCCGCCCCCGCAGCUGUGGACAGCGGUGCAGAGCGCAGCUGGAGGAGCGACGGCAGCUGGGGGCAGUGACAGCUCGGAGCUCCGCUAGGCUAGGCGGCGGCGGCGGGGCGACAAACCGCACGGCGAGGGAAGGAAGACCGCGCGGCCCGGCAGCUGCCGUCUCCUCAUUCCCAGCCCCUGGUACCUCUCCGCUCUUCCUUGCGCGCAAGAUGGCUGACCCGGCUGCGGGGCCGCCGCCGAGCGAAGGCGAGGAGAACACGGUCCGCUUCGCCCGCAAAGGGGCCCUCCGGCAGAAGAACGUCCACGAGGUGAAGAACCACAAAUUCACCGCUCGCUUCUUCAAGCAGCCCACCUUCUGCAGCCACUGCACCGACUUCAUCUGGGGAUUCGGAAAACAGGGAUUUCAGUGUCAAGUGUGCUGUUUCGUAGUCCAUAAGAGAUGCCAUGAAUUUGUCACCUUCUCCUGCCCGGGUGCUGAUAAGGGCCCAGCCUCUGAUGAUCCACGGAGCAAGCACAAGUUUAAAAUUCAUACUUAUUCCAGUCCAACAUUUUGUGACCACUGCGGCUCUUUGCUGUAUGGGCUCAUUCACCAAGGAAUGAAAUGUGACACCUGCAUGAUGAAUGUGCACAAGCGCUGUGUGAUGAAUGUCCCCAGCCUCUGCGGAACAGACCACACUGAGCGUCGAGGACGAAUCUACAUCAAGGCCCAGAUUGAUAAAGAUGUUCUCACUGUUGUUGUAAGAGAUGCAAAAAAUCUAGUCCCUAUGGAUCCUAAUGGUUUAUCAGAUCCUUAUGUAAAACUGAAACUCAUCCCUGAUCCCAAGAGUGAGAGCAAGCAGAAGACCAAAACCAUCAAGUGUUCCCUCAACCCUGAGUGGAAUGAGACUUUUAAAUUUCAACUGAAAGAAGCUGACAAAGACAGACGACUUUCUGUGGAGAUUUGGGACUGGGAUCUGACCAGCAGGAAUGACUUCAUGGGGUCCUUGUCCUUUGGGAUUUCAGAGCUGCAGAAAGCUGGUGUUGAUGGAUGGUUUAAGUUACUAAGUCAAGAGGAAGGAGAGUAUUUUAAUGUUCCAGUUCCUCCUGAAGGAGAAGAAGGCAAUGAAGAGCUCAGGCAGAAAUUUGAGAGAGCCAAGAUUGGCCAGGGAACCAAGGUUACCGAAGAAAAAACAGCCAAUGCAAUAUCUAAAAUUGACAACAAUGGAAACCGAGAUCGGAUGAAACUGACUGAUUUUAACUUCCUCAUGGUGCUGGGGAAAGGCAGCUUUGGCAAGGUCAUGCUUUCAGAAAGAAAAGGCACUGAUGAACUCUAUGCUGUGAAGAUCCUGAAGAAAGAUGUAGUGAUCCAGGAUGAUGAUGUGGAAUGUACAAUGGUGGAGAAGAGGGUUCUUGCUCUUGCUGGGAAACCUCCAUUCCUGACACAGUUGCACUCCUGUUUCCAGACAAUGGAUCGCUUGUAUUUUGUGAUGGAAUAUGUGAAUGGUGGAGAUCUCAUGUAUCAGAUACAGCAGGUUGGACGAUUUAAAGAACCACAUGCUGUAUUCUAUGCAGCAGAAAUUGCUAUUGGUCUAUUCUUCUUACAAAGCAAAGGCAUCAUUUAUCGAGACCUAAAACUUGACAAUGUAAUGUUGGAUUCUGAAGGCCACAUCAAGAUCGCUGACUUUGGCAUGUGCAAGGAGAACAUUUGGGAUGGGGUAACCACCAAGACAUUCUGUGGCACCCCAGACUACAUUGCUCCUGAGAUAAUUGCCUAUCAGCCUUACGGGAAGUCGGUAGAUUGGUGGGCUUUUGGAGUGCUGCUGUAUGAAAUGUUGGCUGGCCAGGCUCCUUUUGAAGGAGAAGAUGAAGAUGAGCUUUUCCAGUCUAUCAUGGAGCACAAUGUGGCCUACCCCAAGUCCAUGUCAAAAGAAGCUGUGGCCAUCUGCAAAGGGCUGAUGACCAAGCACCCAGGUAAACGUCUGGGAUGUGGACCUGAAGGUGAACGAGAUAUUAAGGAACAUGCAUUUUUCCGGUAUAUUGACUGGGAGAAACUUGAACGCAAGGAGAUUCAGCCCCCAUACAAGCCAAAGGCUUGUGGGCGAAAUGCCGAAAACUUCGACCGGUUUUUCACCCGCCAUCCACCCGUCCUAACACCUCCUGACCAGGAAGUCAUCAGGAACAUUGACCAAUCAGAAUUCGAAGGAUUUUCCUUUGUUAACUCUGAAUUUUUAAAACCUGAAGUCAAGAGCUAAGUAGCUGUGUAGAUCUCCGUCCUUCAUUUCUAUCAUGCAAUCCCAACAGCUGUCUUGGUGACCUUUUUCAUUGCAAAGUUGCAUUUGUGAUUUUUUUUUUUUUUUGUAGUCAGACUAGAGUGACCAUAUUUCAAGACCAUAAGUAUUUUCAAGUAGUUAGGAGUAUCUCUAACAUCAUGCAGAUGUAGUAAAUAUGUAACAAAUUGUGUUCAGAGUUGAUUCUAUCCAUAUUUUAACCAACCAAUCUGGUCUCCCCCCCAAAAUCUUAUCUUUUCUUUUAUCUCUGUUGCUCUCAUCAUUUUAUAUUCUCCAAGCUAUCAAAGUAUCCAGUUAACCAUUGAGUAAAUUGUUUAAUAACUGUGUGCUUAAGUGAGUCCAUUUUCUUUUUCUAGCAGGAAAGACUGCAGCAUUUAGUACUAAAUUUGUCCCAUGAUUCAGAACAAAAAUUGUAGACUAAUAUUUGAAAAUGUCCCAUUUUCUCAAAAAAAAAAAAAGAGAUCUUAAAGUAAAACCACGAAAGGAAUUAUAUUCCUUUUUUAUCUACAAAGUAAGAUUCCAUAUUCUCCUUUAAUUUUUUGCUUUCUCAUUUCUGUGAUAAAAAAUAUGGGGAGAAUCAACCAUAGACAGGCAUUUGAGCUGGGUUGACAUUCUCCAGCCCUUGCUCUGCUAUAUAGACAACUGGUUUAUAGGUACCAGCAACCACAAUCCUGUUGCUGGUGAUCUAAUCUGGAUGUUUGUUAUAUUAUUGUCAUGACCAUAUUGCAGUGCCUUGCUUGGCCUGCAUAUUGUCAUGAUGCUUUUGCUUCUAAAUACCACCAUCUCCAAACUACUUGAAAAGGAGACUUUGGAACAAUCUCUUGAAAGCUUAUGGUCACUCUAGUUAGAUCCCUACAUAACAUGGUUUUACAUUACAUUCCAAACUUGAUUUUCUUUGGGGAGAGGGGUGGGGGUUGAUGGUCAUUCAAAUGCCAAAACAGUUACUCACUUUGUUAUGCGUGCUUCAAAUAUGUGUCCAAAAUGUUAUUAACAAAAAUGAACUAUGAUUUUAAAAAGAAGAGCCAAGUAAAACCUAACCAUAUCUGUAAAAAAAAAAAAAAAAUGUGUCAGAAUGGAUAUUCAUGAAAAUAUUUGCUUUUGGAUUUAGGAUCUGUCUGGAUUUGUUUCUGCCAUUGGGAAGAAAUUAAGAGCUUUGGGAAGGACAAAUCUCUUAAAAAGUCUUAUUAUUUCCUUUUAUAAUGUUUUGUGAGAUGUUUGUGGAAGUGUCAGUUUGUUUUGGUAUGCUUAAUAUGUGUAAUGUGCCAAUUUUUUCCCCCAGUAUCGAGAUACAAUAAAAAUGCAAAGAAAGAGAAUCAAAAGACAACUAACUGCUCUUUUUGAUAAAUGCUGACUUGUGCUAUAGUUUGGGACUCUCUGAUGCCAUGUACCAGCAGACAACCAGAGAAGAUAGAAAGGGGCAGGGUCGUCUAGUGUCCAGUGGGAGGGAAAGAAAUUUGCACACUGACCACAGAACCCCGCAGCCCUCAUCAGAACACAGUAAGUCAUUCCAGAAGAAUCAUUUUAAAGUGACCAAACUUAAGAAUCAGAGAAAGACCAAAUUCCCUCACAAUUAGGUUCUUCCUUUUCUUAUAAAAAACAUAAUCACCCUGAUGCUCAAAUGAUUACUUCCUCUGAAGUCUAGCUCUGCAUUGCCAUUACCUGUGUGACACUCAACAAGUUACUUAGUCUCACUGAGUCUCAGUUUCCCUAGAUGUAAGGGGAAAAAAAGAAAAUACUGCAUACCUUCAUGGAGCUGUUGUGAAGAUCACAUGAGAGGAACGAAUAGGAAAGAGAUUUUUACACCAUACAGUGCUACCUAAGUGCCAGUUAUUCAAAUACCAUCACCACCAUCAUUGUAAUGAUUCCCUGCCACUUAACUCCUUAGGACUCUCUAAGACCAUACACUGCAGAGAUAGUGUUGACAAGGAUGAGGAGGAUUUACUCAUCAGAGUUCCCUAUACCUGUAAAAUCACAGGUGAAAUCUCUAUCUCUAUUCCAAGUCUCAAAGACCGUCAAAGGUCAGAACAGCCUGCAAAGGUACAAGGAGAGAUUUUCAAGUCUAGUCAGCCCUUGGGUAGGGAUAAUAUGACUCUGGCCUUAAGGUCUUAGACAUUAUUUAUUGGGGUUUGUCCUUUGUUCUGUGAGAGAACCAUAACAUCAGAGAGGUGAUGCAUAGCUGAAUAAGGUAAAAUUGAAAGAAUGAGAUAAACUCACAAAAAGAAAAAUAGGUAUCAGUCACCAAGAUUCUCUCUCUUUUGCUAACUCUUUCCCUUUUGACAGCAUGUUUCCCAUAGCACUUAGAAGAUUAGGGAGUCUAGAGUCUCCAGUUCCCUAACUUCAUCCCUCACCCAUCAUUUCUUUCCUCAACUUUUCCCAACUCAACCUUAAUGUCUAAUUCCAGUUUCAGCAUUUUUUCCAAUUACAAGGCAUAUUUGGAGCUCUCCUUCUCCUCACUCCUCUUGCCCCAGGAAGAGACAAUGUCUCCUGAAUGCCCCAACAACCUGACUUAUUCUCAAAGAGCAAACACUGGCUACAUGGAGUUGGAGUCUCAGUUGUAGGUAAAACUUGGACAGAAAUGUUUCUGUUCCAUGAUAAGAUCAAGUAAAAGACAAAUCAGCCAAGCCUUCUUUGUUCCUUCCCCACUUCUGUCCUGUAUCACUUCCCCUCUGACCCUUUUCCAUGGGCUCUUGCUUGUCUCAUUUGCUCCUUUGGAUGUGGAUUUCUCGUUUUCAUUCUGUCCUUUAUUGCUUUACCUUUUUCCUGCUCUGUUUUCCAUCCUCUUUUUGACUGAUGUUUUCUUCUCUUCUUGGGUUUCUCUGUCAUUCCCUCAGGCUUGUCCUUUCAUAAUCUUUGCUUUUUUCCCUUCAGAAUGACAAUCACAAAUUUUAGAAUGUCAGAUUUGAAGGGAACCUUAGAAUAUAACCACAACUAAUAAUUGUAACUGCCACUUACAUACCACUUUUCAGUUUUCAAAGCACUUUGAAAUAUAAGAGAUUUCUCUUUUGAGCCUCACAACAGCCGGUGAGUUAGGAGGUUUAUUGUUAGACCCAUUUUACAGAGAUUGGCUCAGAGAGUAAAGGUGCAGCCCUCUAAAGUCACACAACUAGUAAAUGAAAGAGCCAACAUUUAAAAUCAGAUUUAUCUUUUGAUUCCAAUUCCAGUAUGUUUUUCAAAACUGUCUGAAUGUUAUAGGUAGAAUUUUAGAGAUGGAAGCAAAAACACCAGAAUAUUAGAGUAAGAAUGGAUUAUAGGUCAUGAAACAAAAUUAGGACUAGAAAAGAUCUUGAGGAUCAGUUAGUCCAGGCCUUUCAAUUUGAAGGUGAGGAAAGUGAAAACUAGUGAAGAAAGUGACUUAUUCAAAUGUCACUUGUACAAUGGUAGAAUAAGGACUAGGAUUCACAUUUUCUGACUCACAAUUUCAGUGCUUUUCCCACAGCAUGAGCUCCUUACCUCUGGCCCAUGGUUGAUCAGCCCCCAAUUUCUAAUUGAACCAGGGCCCUGAAAGACUUGCUGAGCCAUGGCCUAUCCAAAUGCUCUGUAGAACAGGGAGGGAUACUAUUACUUGCUGGAAAUAGUGGAAUCAUAGAAUUUUAGAGAUGAAAGCAUCUCUUACAAAGCACUAAACCUAUUAUUCUCAUUUCAUAAACCAAGAAAAGGCCAACAGAGAAGGUGUCUUGCCUAUGAUCUAAUAGCUAAGAGCAAAGAACCCAACAUAUUUUUGGGGUUUUUUUCACUAAUCUUUUCAGAAGUUUUGAAUAAGAGGUCAUAGUAUGUCCAAGAAAACCAUUCCCUAGCUUCAGCACUAUAUAUCAAGAAGGAUGAAGGAGAUGGGACAGAAAAACCUCCAAUCGUCAGACUGGAAAUAUUCUCAUGGGGUUUGGAAGAGUUACCGUAAGUGCAGUCUCUUACUGCUAUCUCCCCAAAAUAAGUACAUUUUCUCUUUGAUAAAUGAAGGGAUCCAAAAGUUAUUGAAAAGGAAUGAUUAUUCUCAAGGGAUGGAUAAACUUAAGCUAACACUCCCAAAUGACCUUCUUCCCAGCCUCAAUGGCCCUUUAGCUUGGGAUUCUUUAUAAUCAAUCAAUCAAGAAGCAUUUAUUUGCACCAAUUCUAUGAGUCGGUGUUGGUACUGAAGAUGAAGGAGAAAAAUGAAAUAGAUCCUACUCUCAAGGAGCUUAAAUUCUACCAAAAUCCAGAACUUCCAAAAACUCAUCAAGCACAUUUAGAAAACUUGACCAACAGCACUGAAGUAAGAUUUGUUAUCCUUAAGUGAGGAAAAAGUUUCAGAAUUCUGCUCAUCUCCUUGAAAUCUAUUCUUUGUUUACCCUUUCUCUUCCCAUCAUUUUAUACCAUGGGAUUUCCUUCUCUGUUAUCACAACCUAGAGUCAAGGCAAUGGAAAAAAUAAAGUUAUAGCAAAGAGCAAUAGCAAACUUAGGAACCAAUGAGACCCCAAAACUCAUUUUGCAGAUAAACUGAAAAAUAACUUUCCCAAAGUUUCAGAAGGACUUAGUGGCUAUUCCUUUGUGAGAAAGGAAGACAGUUCAUCCAUGUAGGAAAGACCAGAGCCCUUAGUUCAUUUAGACUCACCAGAUGUGAGAUGUUUGUUUUAGAUUGGACUUUUGAACAUAGAAUGUAAGAGCUAGAAAAGACUCCAGAAGUCAUCUAGUUCAGAAAUGAGGUUCAGGAAUAAAAGGUGAUUUGCUAGUCAAUAAGACUGCCAAGACUAUCUUGGAGUCUUAACUUCCAGUGUAGUGUUUUGUCCCCAUACUACAAAAAACACAAUUUCAAAUUUAUCCCUGGCUCAUGUCCACUAGCUGACCACCUAUUUGAACUCCUAAGUAUCCUCACCUGGUUAUGAUUAGACUAUUUGAACUGUUAGGCUUUUUUUUUUUUUUUUUUUUUGACAGUUCUGAUUUUAGAGUAGCCAUCUGGUAAAUACAAGCAUUUUUUUUCUAGCAAAGAUGAUCACUAUUGAUUCAUAUGAAAUGUAACAAAAGAACUAAAUUGACCCUUAGAAAUAACAGAUGGAAGACUAUUUCAUAGCUAGCAUUUGGAGAAAAAUCAUUCUUCAGAUUUCCCCAUUCCCUCCAAAGUUUGACCUGUACCUUAAUUUUUUCCAUUCUUAGGAAUAUCUAUGUAGGCUGAAUUCUACUUUAUGGUAGCUCCCUUUCUUCUCAGCCAACCCCUCUCAACCCCUUCCUACUCUUAUUAAUAAUGCUGUUGUCAAAGGGCCAAUAAAGAAUUUUAAGGGAAAAAAUAACAAGAGAAUCUUAAUAGGAUUUUUUUUUCAGGGAUCCAUGUUUCAAAAAUGUAAGCCAGCUUCCUGGUAAUGAACCUUUCCAAUUGAGCUAGGCUAUUCCCUGGACAAGCAUGUAAAAUUUUCAGGCACAUAAUCUAAGCCCUAACUAAAACUGAAAGACUCUAAGGUCCUGGAGAGUUGUGACCUUUCCAAAUACUCCCAGGGUAUAAAGUUGAAUUUAAAGUGGAGUUGGAAAUACCUUGAACAUUGAACUCUAUUGAAUGUGUUUUUAAGAACCUAGGGUUAUCUCCAUAACAAUGAGGCAACAAAACAUGAAUGACUUUAGUGGAAGAUUAAGAAUUCACACCUGGCAAUUGAUCUUCCCUUCACAUUAACAUUCUUAGAUAUAUAGGAAAAUAAAUAGGAAACUCAGAAUUCAAAGGGACCUCAGAAACCAUCUAGUUUAAGCCGUACCUGAAUCAGGACCAUCACCAUAGCUUUUUGACAGCAUCCAAUGAAAUGAAUCCAUUAUAGUUUGAAGUUUAUUCUUUUUACUUUGGGGUAACCACAUAAAUGUGAAGUUCUUCUAAACUUAAAUUUACCUGUUUGAAGCUUCUAUACAUUGUCCACAGUUCUGGUCUCUGAGGCUAAGGAGAAAAAGUCCAAUCUGACAUCCAUGUUACAAACCAUGUAAACACUUAAAUACAAAAUAACAUGCUUUUAAUUUUUUAGUCUGAAUGUUCCUAAUUCCUUCAAUAUUCUUUAACAUGUGUGAUUUCAGGCGUUUUGCCACCCUAAUACCCUCUUCUGGAUGUUCCCCAGUUUAUCAAACCCUGAAAUGAAUCAAUCAGGACUGAAUACAAUACGUUAGAUGUAAUUUGACCAGGGGAAAAAAACCCCAACAACAACAGGACUGAGAUUCCUAAAGUUAUAAUCAGUCUCAAAAACUAAAAAGUGCAUUAAAUUUUUUUGAUUGUUUGUUAGACUAGUGACUCAUAAUGAGCUCACAAGCCCCCAAAUCUUUCAUAUCUGCUUUUAGAAAUAGCCAGAUUUCCCACAUCUAAUACUUGUGAAAUUAAUAAUGAUCCCCAAAUUUCAACAUUUACAUUUGUUCUUAUUAAAUAGAAUCAUGCUAGCUUUGUUCCAAUGUGAUCUCUAUUCCAUGGCUUUAGAGAUCAUGUCUCUGUCAUACAUGAUGAUAUGCAUCUAAAAAAUCUGAUAAGCAUGUGUUAUCUACACUCUUAACCAAGUCAUUAAUUUUUUUUCCCUAAGAUAAUUGGAGUUAAGUGACUUGCCCAGGAUCACACAACUAGGAAGUGUCUGAGGUCGGAUUUAAACUCAGGUCCUCCUGACUUCAGGGCUAGUGUUAUAUCCACUGUGCCACCUAACUGCCCCAGCAUAUAUUUUUUUAAAUGUCAAAAAGCACAUGAUCAAUCACAGAUUUCUGAUUCACUACACUGUAGACCUCCUUCCAAGCUGACUUUAAACUACUAAUUUUGGGUCUGCUCAUUCAACAGGUUAUAAAUUCUCCCACCUUUAUUGUCAUCUAGACCACCUAUCUCCACUUUUUUCUCACAAGAAUAAUAUGAGGAUUUUGUCAAAUCUCUGCUAAAAUCUAGAUAAACUACAUCUACAGCAUCUGUUCUACAGGGCUGUCAAAAAAAAAAAAGAAAUUAGUUUAGUUUAACAUGAUCGAUUCUUGAUGAAGAUAUGCUGGAGGCUACUUUUUCUAAAUGUUCACUAAUCACCUUUUUUAAUAGUGUGCCCUAGGAUUUUUUCAAACAUAAUAAGUCAAUUUCUCUGGCCUAUCAUUUUCAGAUAAUUUCCCCUCAUUAAAAAAAAUUGCCCUUUAAUCUUCCAUUACCUUGGAUAUCAUUAUCCUAUUAACCAUUUGUUUUUGUUUUGCCCUUUUCAGGCUAAAGAUCAUUCUCUGUAGGGGAAAAAAAACCAAAUUAAUGUCAAACAGCUCCAUUUCUGACAUCUUUCAUCAUUUAUCCCAAGCAGUAGUCCUAUUCCUUCUUUGAUCCUACUCUUUCCUCAGAUACAACUAAAAGAUCCUUUUUGUUGUUCUUAACUUUCCUCACCAGCUUCAGCUCAUUCUGAGCUUUAGCACACCUGUCAGGAUUCUUACAGAGAUACAUCACAUUUGGUAUUCAUCCUCUGUUACCUUCCUUUCCUCCUACCUUCUGUACAUGUCUUAUUUAUUUUUCCUGCUUGAUAAGUCCAUCUUAGACAGCUCUUCUUGUUCUUUCUCAUCAAAAUGAUGUCUUUAAAACUUCAUUCACAAGAGCUUUGCAGAGCUCCUAGAUGAACUUCCCCUAUAGACUUCCCCCAUAGGACCCUUCCUCAGAAUCCUUUGAAACCUGCUUUCAAAAUUUUGGAUAUAUAUCUAACUGCUUGACUUUCCUCUCCUCAAGCACAAAUUCUGAGACAGAACUGAAUUCUCCACAAGCAUUCCUUUUUUUUUAAAAAAACUAGCAACCAUUCCCUACUUGUGGCAAAUCAGAUUUAGAAUAAAAGUUUCCCUCAUUUAUUUCUCUACCUCUUGCAGGAUGAAAUCAUGAUUAGGAACAUUUAAAAAAUUAGUAAAGCCUCUACUUAGGAUAGAGUAAUAAGUCUGGCAAAUUUUCAGAUAAUUGUAGCAGACCCCAUCCUCAUCCAAUACCAUCAUGUAAUUUCUCUGUGUAAAGUUUGUGAUACUUCACAACUCAUACUUCUCCUUAACCUUCCAGUUUAACCUGUAUACAAAAGGAAUCUCCAACAGAUUGUUCCCAGCAACUGUUAUCCAAUUUUUCCUUAAAAACUUCCAAAGGGGGGAGCCCACCAUGUCUUGAGGUUCCUUAUUUUAUCUUUGAAUAAUUCUAAUUAUUAGGAAGUUUUUUUUUCUUACACCAAGCCUAAAUUUUGUUUUGCACUUCCCACCCUUAUUUCUGAUUAUGCCCUCUGGAAGUAAGUAGAACAUUGUUAUCCAGGUUUCUAUUUCUUCCUCCAUUAUUUUUCCCCAAAGGCUCCACAUUAUGUUUUACCCACUCAAGAUGGUAAAUAGCCCUUACAAAAAUAUAUCUUCUUAUUUUAAUAGGCUGUUCUGCUACUAUCCCCUUUCUACCCAUUCGGUUCCUUGCUAGAGUCUCUGAUCACAUAUAAUCAAGCCUCAGUGAUAGCUAUAAAUUUCAAAUUGUCUUCUUGUCUUAGGAUACCCACUGGUCUUCAUUUA